CAGUGUGUUGCAGUAAAAUAGCACCGUGCAGAAAAUAUGACAGAAGCGUAACUUCACUGAUGACUCUUCAAGUGCAGUAUGUCGAGACAAACAUUACUAACACAACAGCACGCUUUACAGUGUUUGGGAACGGCGCUCGGUGCUGUACUGUUGAGAUCUAUCGCCACUACUCACAGAUUGCCUCCUCAAGCAGAUGAAGCGUCCCUUUAUGUCCACUGGCCCUAUUGCCUAAAAAGAUGCUCCUACUGCAACUUCAACAAGUAUAUUCAUCGGAGUCAAAACCACGCGGUCAUGACAGCAUGUCUGCAGAAAGAGACACAAACCUUACUGCAGCUCAGCCAGGUCUCCAGGAUCAGCUCAGUGUUUUUUGGAGGAGGAACACCCAGCUUGGCUCAGCCCUCCACAAUCGCUGCUGUCUUGGAGACCGUCUCCAAACACGCUCAUCUCUCAGAUGAAGCAGAGGUCACUCUGGAGGUGAACCCUACACCUGCUGGAAAAGCUAGUCUGAAAGACUUCACGUUAGCAGGAGUUAACCGGUUUUCUGUUGGAAUUCAGUCGCUGAAUGAUGAUCACCUGAGGACACUAGGAAGGGAUCACGAUUCCCAGCAUGCUCUCUGGACAGUGUCAGAGGCCAGGACGCUCUGCCCGGGAUGCGUGUCAGUGGAUGUCAUGUUUGCGCUUCCAGGACAAAGUGUAAAAUCAUGGGAGAGUGAGCUGGAGAAAUUGCUGCCGGUUUGUGAUGAUCACAUUUCACUGUAUCAGCUGACUUUGGAAAGGGGUACGCAGCUUUUUAAACAGGUUGACAGCGGUGAACUAACUGUGCCUGGUGACGAUGUCACAGCUGUUAUGUACAAUUCAGCACGGGGAGUCUUGGAGAAAGCUGGGUUUCGUCAAUACGAAGUGUCCAACUUUGCCAAAAAUAAAGCUGUCAGUGAACACAAUAUCGGGUACUGGAAGGGACGUCAGUACAUCGGUAUAGGACCAGGGGCACAUGGACGGUUUGUGCCGCGUGCAGUGGGAGGAGUUCAGAGGGAAGCACGAACCCAGACUUUAGAACCAGAUGUUUGGAUACGAGAGGUUCAGCGUCACGGUCACGGGACACGCCGCCGAAUACAGCUCGACCACCGCGGCCUGCUGGAGGAGGUUUUGGUCAUGGGUCUGCGUAUGAAUGAAGGAAUCACCCAGCAGCACUGGAAGUUAUUCAGCCCAGAAGAUGACCUCCAACAAAUUUUUGGGAUGUCAGAAAAAGUUCAAGAAUUUCAAGCAGGGGGACUUUUAAAACUUAAUGACAGGGGUUUGCGGUGUUCCUGGGAAGGGUUAGCAUUACUGGACAGCAUCUUACCCACAAUGCUGCUGGAAUUAGAGAUGUUUUUCAAAAAGCAGUACACCAGCAGAAAGACAGACAUUCAGAGAGACAGAUGACAGUUUGCAUCAGAGAAAUAUGAGAAAGAUUGCACACAAGGUAAUGCAUAAUAAGGUAAAAAUGAAACAAACUCUCCCAUGACGAGAAACGUUUAGUCUUGAAGAAUGAACAUUGGUCAGUGAUGUCACAUUUUUCUGUUCUUUAUUAAUUUAUUCACAAAUGCAGUACGUUCUUUUUU